AUGGUCAAUUCCACCAAGGUGACUGAGUUUCUCCUGGAGGUUUUUGCUGAGACAUGGGAGAUCAGGCUCCUGCUCAGCAUGCUCUUCCUGCUGAUGUACCUAGGCAGCUUACUAGGAAAUUUUACCAUCAUCAUGGUUACCACCAUUGACCAGAGCCUCCACACACCCAUGUACUUCUUCCUCAGAAAUCUGUCCAUCUUAGACAUGUGUUAUGUUUCUGUGACAGUUCCCAAUGCCUGUGUCAACUCUCUCAGUGAUAACAGGGGCAUUUCUGUGGCUGGGUGUGCUGCACAGAUCUUUUCGGUCAUUUUUUGUGCUAGUGUAGAGAUUCUUCUUUUGGCCAUGAUGGCCCACGAUCGCUACGCAGCCAUCUGCCAGCCCCUUCUCUACCCUGUGAUCAUGAACCACCGAGUCUGUGUUCAGAUGACUCUGGCUUCCCUACUCUUUGGUCUUGUGGCAUCAUGUUUGCACACAGUUAAAACAUUCCAGCUGUCCUUCUGUGACUCUAACCUGGUCCCUCAGUUCUUCUGUGAUGUCCCCUCUCUGCUGAGGCUCUCUUGUUCAGACACCUUUAACAACAGACUUUUACUUCUUCUAACUGCUAUCGUCAUUAGUGGUAGCUGCUUUAUUUUCAUUGUUGUAUCAUAUGUUCACAUAUUUUCAACUGUGUUGAAGCUUCCUGUCAAAGAAGAGAGAGGAAAGGCCUUUUCCACCUGUGUCCCUCACAUUAUUGUGGUAUCUGUGUUCCUUAGUUCUGCUGCCUAUGUGUACCUAAGACCUCCAGUCAUCUCAGAAGUGGUUCAGGACCUUAUUCUGUCUGUACUUUAUACCAUUGUUCCUCCUUUCUUAAAUCCUAUUAUCUAUAGUCUAAGAAAUAAACAGAUAAAGGAAGCUGUUAGGAAAAUAAUGUUGAGACUUUUUGCCCCCCAUAUCACAAAAUAA